AUGAUUACAAGAAUCCUCUUCAACAUUCUGAUACUUGUUUCUCUCAGAAAAUGCAUGAUUCAAAAUCAGAAACCGUUUUGGUUAUCAGCAGAUAUUGAUAGUAUAGAAUGGCAGGAAGGGUGUCUUACAACUGUUUUAUGUUCGCACCCAAGGUUUCAACUUCUAAAAGACCUUCUCCCAAUAUCAGAAAGAGUGUCUAUCAGCUGGCCAGUCACUGAACAAUUCCUUGAGCACACAGUUGCUCCAUUCAUCUCUUAUUGGCCAUCUGGAAGAAUUGAAGAUGUCUCUCUAUCUGCUCAAGUUGUUGGAGUUGACACAACAUACGGAUUCCCGAGAACUUGUGAUCAGACACCUGCUGUCAGAAUCUUCCCAGUGGAUAUCUAUGGAUUGACACCAGAAUCAGCUGAAAAUAAGACGAUUCAUUUGAAAGCAAAGUGCUUUGAAGCCACGAUUACAGUGACCAAACACGUAGAGAGGUGUCCAUGGUGUCCUGAUCCACGAGAAGUUUUAAUUUCGAAUGAAAUUCCACAACAAAUAAACCUCCAGCAAUCAGCAUUAGAGUCUGGAAUUCAUUCAUUUGUUGGAAUGUUUUAUAAAUCGUCAACUUCUGAGUCACUUCAAGUUGGAAUAUGUCUUCUUGCUGCUCUCGCAUUCUUUUCUUCUUUAGCAUUUUCGAUAAUGCUUGUAGUUUAUUUGAAGUCAAAAAAAUCAACAAGAAGGAACGUCAGUGUCAAUGUUCAACCACGUCUAAUUCCAUGUAACAGUCACUGUGAAGAUUAUGACACGAGAUACGACCUACCUUGGGAUCAACAACGUCCUUUGACCUACUGGAUGUCCAAAUCUACAGUAACCUCUCCAACUUCCAUGAGAUCGGAAGGAUAUCAAACCUACCGUAUCCCACCUCCACCCAACUUUUCUCCACCGGUCUGA